UUUUAAUGUUUGAUGGAUUUCUGUAUUUUAAUGUUUGAUGGAUCUCUGUAUUUUAGAAUUUCUGUUUUGUUGGAAGCCGCCCAGAGUGGCUGGGGGAACCCGGCCAGAUGGGCGGGGUAUAAAUAAUAAAUUAUUAUUAUUAUUAUUAUUAUUGUCUGGGUGUAUGUGGCAGCAAAGUUGUCAUCUGGGUUUAUUGCUGGCUCUGGUACCAGUGUCCAUGUUAAGUCUGGUGGCUGUAUUAUUGUGGGUGAGGAGUUGCUUAAGAUUGGGUGGCUGUCUGUAGGCAAUGAAAGGUCUUCCUCCCAGAGCUUGAGAAGAGAACCGUCAUUGUCAAGGUUGUUAGGAAUUGUUCUGCAGUUCUGUCAUCCAAAGUUCCACACCAAGGAAGGUAUUCGUUUUGUUUAAGAUUUUGCUAGAAUGGAAGAAUCUCACUUCAACUCCUCCCCAUAUUUUUGGCCAGCAGUGCCCACAGUCUCAGGACAGAUUGACAACAGUAUGUUCAUUAACAAGAUGAAGGAGCAGCUCUUGCCCUCAGAGAAGGGCUGCGGUCUGGCUCCUGCCCACUAUCCCACCCUACUGACUGUACCCACCUCUGUGGCCCUUCCCACCAACAUUUCUAUGGAUUCUGACACCAAGCCAGAACAGCUUACUCCACACAGUCAGGCUUCCGUGACGCAGAACAUCACUGUGGUGCCUGUGCAGUCUGCUGGGCUCAUGACAACAGGUCCUGGCCUGGUGAUCACUUCUCCCUCUGGUUCUCUGGUGACCACAGCCUCUUCCGUGCAAACCUUUCCCAUCUCUGCACCAAUGAUUGUCUCAGCGCUUCCCCCUGGCUCCCAGGCAACUCUCCAAGUCGUACCUGACCUUUCCAAGAAGGGGGCCACGGAGGGUGGGGCAGCCGGAGGUGCUGGAGGUAUAACCCCCAAAGCUCGUGGUCGAAAAAAGAAGCGGCUACAGGAAUCUGGCCUGCCAGAGAUGAGUGACCCUUUUGUGUUAUCAAAUGAGGAUGAUGAAGACCAGCACAAAGAUGGCAAGACAUACAGGAUCCCUGGGGAGCCUAGAACUUCAUGGUUUGCAGGAUGUGCUGGCUGCGUUAAUACUUGGUAUAGUUGUCAGAGCUUGGACUUCCCAGCUUCUGGUUUCGUUCAUGGAAAAGAUCACUUCAAGUGCCGGAUGUGUUCCCUGACCUUCUACUCCAAGUCGGAGAUGCAGAUCCACUCCAAAACCCACACCGAGGCAAAGCCGCACAAGUGCCCUCACUGCUCCAAGAGCUUCGCCAACAGCUCCUACCUGGCUCAGCACAUACGCAUCCACUCGGGGGCCAAGCCCUACACCUGCAGCUACUGCCAGAAGGCCUUCCGCCAGCUCUCGCACCUACAGCAGCACACACGGAUCCACUCCAAGCUCCACACGGCGAUUGUCAAGCCGCACAAGUGCCCUCACUGCUCCAAGAGCUUCGCCAACACGUCCUACCUGGCCCAGCACCUCCGCAUCCACUCGGGGGUCAAACCCUACACGUGCCGUUACUGCCAGAAGGCGUUCCGCCAGCUCUCCCACCUACAGCAGCACACACGGAUUCAUACUGGAGACCGGCCCUACAAAUGUGCUCACCCUGGGUGCGAAAAGGCUUUCACGCAGCUCUCCAACCUGCAGUCCCACAGAAGGCAGCACAACAAAGACAAACCAUUCAAGUGCCACAACUGCCACCGUGCGUACACGGAUGGCACCUCUCUCGAGGUCCACCUGGCCACCCACACGGUGAAGCAUGCCAAGAUCUACAACUGCUCCAUGUGCAAUCGGGCUUACACCUCAGAGACAUACCUGAUGAAGCAUAUGCGGAAACACAAUAUCCCUGAUGCCCAGCAACAGGUGGCUGUGGUCCAAGCCCAGGUGCAGGCCCAGGUCCAAGCCCAAGUUCAGGCCCAGGUUCAAGCCCAGGUCCAGGCCCAAGUUCAAGCCCAGGUCCAAGCUCAGGCUCAGGCUCAAGCUCAGGCAUCGCAGCAGCAACAGCAACAGCAGCAGCACUUCCAGUCACAAGGCGGCGGGGCAGCCGGGGGCCCGUCUGGAGACAACCCUCCCAACCCGCCGCCCCAAUGUUCCUUUGACCUUUCCCCUUACAAGACUUCAGAACAUCACAAAGACAUCUGUCUCACGGUUAGCACCAGCGCCAUCCAGGUGGAGCAUCUUUCCAGUUCCUAGAGACCUUGCUAGAGGGGAACGGGGGGAAAACUCCUUGCUCGUAAUCUGUGCCCGAGGGCAUUUCUGGUGUGGCGGCCUCUCCUCGUGCAGCAAGCAGCCUCUGGCCUCUUCUUCUACAGCUUCCCUUUGGGUGGGCAGGGGGAAUGGGAAAUGGGGGCUGUGUCCCCGUAGCGGCUGCCCCUUGGCUCAACCAUCUGUGCUUCAAGGCGCAACAACAGCACGUCCUAGACGUAGGGGAACGAGCCGGUUACUUGUGAGAGGCAGUCCUCUGUUUCAGGAAGCAUCUUUGGUUCGUCCAGGGAAAGCCCCCGUUUCUGUCACUUUAUGAGACGAAAGGAGAACGCCCUUUGGUUGCCUAAGUGAGGUGAAGCUGUUUGAUGGAAGGGGCUGCAGCAGCGGCUGGCCGAUGGCGGAUGAGCGAGGGCAAGGGAGCCUCUGGAAGCUUUCCCUUGGGUGGGGAGCGGAGAGCACUUGCUCUUUUCGUCUCCCCUCCUUUCGAGGGGGAGGAAAAAUGGCUGCUCCAGUUCUAGGUACCAAAUGUGCCCACCUUGCAGACGUGUAGGCAAAAGGGGUGUUGCAGAGGGUUUGACCUGUACCGGCUGAAUCACACACUGUAGGUGGCUGGCAUUGAGGUUACAAACCUUUCUUCCCAACCAGAUGCAGAAGUAAUGGGGGGGGGGAGGUUCGGCCCCCGUUGCAACAAGAAGCCUGCUGCAGAUAAUAAGAUGAAAGUCUGAACCAAAACAAAAUAAGCAGCUGGUGGUGACAGUGCCAAAAUGAAGCCCGGUCCCUUCCCUCAGAGAGGAGGGGAGGUUGGGGGCUAGGGAGGCCAUCCUUCUGACUUCUUCCCCCCCAGGAUCACAGGCUGCACCCCCAAAAGGGAGUCCUUUCUGAGGGGCCAAGGGGAAAAGGAACUGCUGAGCUGCUCCUUGCUGCACAUCGUCCAAAUGCUUCCUUUGCUCUCUCAAUCGCCAAGAAAAAACCCGGAAGGAGGUGGCUGCAGUGGCAGCACACAGACAGCAAGGCAGCGACUGAAUCUUGCAGAGGGUGGACAGUGGAGAAGAGGGGAAGACGAUGGAAACAGCUGCUCACACAGAGAGAGAGACCAAUGAAAAAAGGGGGAAACCCCAAGCAUAGACUCAAACUCCCAUUGAAUUUAAAUAUAUCUAUAUAUCUAUAUAAAUAUAUAUAUACAGAUAGAUAGAUAGAUAUAUCUAUUCACACCCCAGCCCCAUUUGGCCUGCUCUGUCCUUGCUGUAACUGUUUUUAUCUGUGUUUAUAAAACGCAUUAUCCUUGCACACUUUUGCUUUUCAAUCCUUGAUUUAUGCCCUUUCUUGCUCUCACCAUCUUCCAAGUUAUUUCCCCCCAUUUUCUCUUCUGCUAUCGCCAUCUUCCAAGUUAUUUCCCCCGUUUUCUCUUCUUCUGCCCCCUCCCCAAUCUCUCUCUCUCUAAUCUUGUGGUUUCCUAUGCCAUCAUUUCAAUUUUCCUAGUUAUCACUUGAAUCACAGAGGAAGGGAAGGAAGCGGGGAGGGAGCUGAUUGGAAUUUGAGCAACAACAACGGAAAGAUCCCUUACGGGCAUGUGAAUACCGCAAGGGGGAGAUUUGGGAGGAGGGGGGUUGUAAGGACUCUGCUUUUUUUUAUAUAAAAAUAAUAAUACUGGUGCAUAAAAUAGAAAUUGGUUCAGAUGCUUUUCUAUGUGAAUGAAGGUACUGGGAAUCGUUGGCAGUAGCUGCAUGCCCAAGGCCAAGAGUAUGGGGAUUGCAUGUUCUCCUCUCAUCCAUGAGAGAUCCGGCCAAGCAGGAACAUUGCAAGCCACCUUCUAUGCAAACUGCUCUUGCUUCCCUGAGUGCAGAAAGCAGCUGCUGUUUGAACACAAAUCCAUAAGUGACCUGAUAACUCUUGGGAUGGACCAGGACUGAAAAACACGUUCCCCUCCCCACCCACCUCCAAUGGGCCACACGAAGCCCCGCUGAAACUAAAAGGCACAUUUGACAUUUCAAAACUGAGGUUCGGCUCCAGGGACUGUGAUGAAUUUGAAUGUGUGUGUGUGUGUGUGUGUGUGUUGUUUCUGUCGUCAGACAUGGUUGCAAAUAUCCUAACAAAAGUGCCAUGCGUGUAUAGUGUGUGUGUGUGUGUGUGUGUGUGUGUGUGUGUGUGUACGUACACAAACAUGCACAUGUCUGGCUGAAUCCUACACUUCCUUCUCAUUGGAGUGUGAAUUACCUGGGCCUGAUAAUAUAUGUCUUGGUUGAUCAUGGUUGCUAACCAUUGUUGGAGCUGCAGGAAUGGUGUGCCCUCUUUUAUUUCCGUGUACCAGCUUCCACAUGCCAGCCAUAACCUUGAGUUAGUAACUAAAGUUGUUGUAUGUGAAUACCCAUGCAGUGUUUCAGCAUAAGAGUAAUUCCAGUUCCUACCAGAAACAUUGGGGCAGAUGAACGCUUUCAUGAGCCACAAAUGAGGCAGUGUUGGCAUUUCCCCAACACAGCAGAGUCUAAGGCUGUGUACAGACCAUAACUGAAGCAUAUGAGAACACUGUCCGUGCCAAUGGCACCCAUAUUCACGUCUCCCCCCCCCCCCAAUUAUGCUUAGAAGGUUUGUAAUUGGCAAAACCUGUUUGACCACAGAGGGGCAGCCUAUGAAUGUAUGUACCAUGGGCAAAAGUGGUACACUCUUUCAGGCCUUUGAGAAAAAUAUAUUUGCACUGCUUUCAGCACUUAAGGAGUCAGAUAAUGUGCCUUGGGGGUGGACACCAAUUCAUUUUGUACAUGAGAACGCCGACUUCCGGGGCUUGUUUAAACUGACCUUUUGACUCAUUCACCAGAAUGAAGCAGCUAUCUCAGUCUCCUCGCUCCUCCGUGAGGAGGUGACUAUGGGGUGUACGUUGAGAAUCCUGUUUUCCAAGCGUAGAAACGGCCUGUGUCCUUAAUCUGAUGCGGGCCAUUGAGAUAAAGAAUUGGACAGCGCUGAGAGCCACACGUGGUUCCAGAUAUUCAAGCCUGGGCGGGUUGGAGUUGCAAGGAUUGAACCUACCUGUUGGUCUUGGAAAUUUAACAGGACGUGAGUUGGGGUAAGAGCACCGCAGUCUAUUUGGCAAUCAUAAAGCACCUUGCGUAUGUGGGCAUCUUCCCAGGCUGGCACCCCUCUUCUGCACUCCCCUAACUUUGAUUUGGUUGCUGUUUCGGUCAGCAUCCCCACCUCUGAGCUGCACCAGAGAGGGAAGAGAUCUGAGAGAAGUGGGUAGUGGGAGCUGAGAACACAGCGUUGCUUAUGGUGAAUAGAAAAGCGCUUCUCCGCAGAUGCAGUGUCUAAAGUAGCCAAUGAAAACACAUCAAGU